ACAAUUCACCCGUUUCUUCUGCUACUCCUACAUUUUUAGCUAAUAUCACUUCUUCCCAUCAUCAACCAUCUCCAACUAAUAUUGAUUCUUCCUAUAAACAACCAUUUCUAACUUAUAACGCUUCUUUCUAUCAACAACUGUCUCCAACUUAUAAUGCUUCUUCCUAUCAACAACC